UAAAUCCACAUUCUCUGAGUUCCACAUAACUAGACAGUUCCUUUGCUUCCAAGACCAGUUUCAAGAUUAUGUUUCAGUCCUUUUUCAAAGUCUCUUAACACCAUUUAUUUCUCUCCCUUUCUCUCUAAACCAUGCCUGUUGUGACUGAACACAUGAAAUGGAGAAGACCAAGAAACCAAUUCGGAUGCCCCAUUUCAGAAACUGAUCCAAACCCUCAAAUCCCUUCUACAAUUCAAUCAUCUCACACCAAAUUCACCAUCUCCUCUCUCUUAUCUUCAUUCUCCACCUCUAAUGAAGCCACACAUGUCAGAGACCAAAACAGCACCAAAAACAGCAAAAAAUUCUCUACUGCAAGCUUCAGAGGACUCGGUUGCACUGUCAGAGCAUCACAGAAGGUUUCUGUGCCCACGGUGAUCCGGUCCUCGGCGGAUUGGGAAGGAAAGAGGAACAGGAAGAAAAAGCACAAGAGGAACGGUAACAGUAACAGUAACAAGACAUGUGAUGGGGUUGUUGAUGAUGUUUCUGGUGGAACAUGUGUGGAUUUUCAGGAUGUUUGGUGUGGUCCCGGUAUUGGGUUCUCAACAGAUGCUGCUGCUGCUGCUGCAUCUGUGGACUGUGUUGUGGCUAGGAAGGAUGUUUCUGCAAGAGGAAAACUUGAUGUGGUGGAGAGGGAGCGUUCAUCUUACUUUGGAAGGCGCAUUGUAAAGCCAGAAAAUUUCUCUUUUCUGGAUGAUGAAUCUGAUAUCUUCACAGCACGUACUGGGUUAGACCCUUUUGGAACUGCUAGAUUCUAUCGCCACGUUCCACAUCCUUCUCCUGAUGGUCUUCCUGAGAUAAUGAUAAUCCGAGGAAGAAGAAUAAUAAUGGGGGGUCGCUUUAACUCGCACGACCAAUUUAGAGACUGGAGACUUGAUGUUGAUAACAUGUCAUACGAGCAAUUGCUUGAGCUGGGUGAGAGAAUAGGUCAUGUCAGCACUGGACUCAAAGAAGAUGAGAUGGGACACAACAUAAGAAAAGUUAAACUUCCAAGUUCAAAUGAUGCAUCAAAGCAUCAAGAAGACAAAAAGUGCAGUGUCUGUCAGGAGGAGUAUGAAGCAGGUGAUGAGUUGGGGAAAUUGAAGUGUGAUCACAGCUAUCACUUUCAGUGUAUAAAACAGUGGCUUGUGCAUAAAAACUUCUGUCCAGUUUGUAAGCAAGAAGUUGUGGUUCGACCCUAAGUGGCACUAUCCUCAUGUUUUUUACCCUUAAAUUGAUGUAUAGUUUUUAUAUGCAGCAUAACCAAUCAUCAUAUAUUAUAAAACUUUUGGCUUCCAUAGUGAGGAGUCCACAGUUUAUUCUUGCAAGUGUUAUAUUUGU